AUGGAGUUGGCUGCAGCUUUCCCCUGCCGACAGCUUCGCCUUAUCAGCGUGGGGCAGUGCAGGUGCCUCGACCAGUAUUCAGCGUCGUGGCCGGACACGGUCCUAGCGGUCGCCACGCGGCAGCCCCCACCGCCUCCGGCACGCCACGGCCGCCUCAACGGACGGGUCACCGGCGAGAUCCUUGGUGGCGCGCUCGGCACCAGGACGGGGGCUGGGUGCUGGGACUUGACACACGGGGACUGGGACUUGACACACGGGGGCUGGCCACAGGGCCUCCUUAGAGUGCAUUACAUCAGCAGCGUUGGUUCGGACGCAAGCAAAACUCUGGGCCGGUUUCGGCGCCUCAUCCCGGGAGUCCAGAGCUCGCUCGGCCCCUCGCCGGUUAACUGCCGGGCGCGCGACGGCCGUGGGCUCCGAUGGCCGCGGCGCGCCAACGCCGUGGUGGUGUUGGCGACGGCGACGCUGAGCCCAUUCCAGUCCACGAUUGUGAACCUCCGCCGGCACGGCCCCCGUCACUUCCGCGAUGCCGCGUUUUUCGCGCUGGAGCUGUUGCCGCUGGCUACGGCGACCGUCGUUAACGUUCGCGUCCCGUCGGCGUGGCGUCUCCGGCGGAAACUCGGCAGCCUGGACCGCCAGGGGCUGUGGACACCGGCUGCCCGCGACAUUGGCCGUGAAGCGUCGGCGCAGACGUGCCCGUCCUGGAGCCAGUGGCAGGUGAAGCGGCCGUGGGUGGCGUCCCGGGGGCCGCUGUGGCGUGAGCUGCUGGACGGCUUCACCCGUGGCGGCUCGCGCCCCCUUCACCGUUGUCCAAGCCUCCGAGGCGCCAUGGGGGCCGUGCGCAUUCAUCCGCAUGCGCGACCCAAGAAAUGCCUCGGAGCUCGCUGCUCCGUCGGACCGAGCGAGCGCUGCCGCCCGGCGCCUCCACCCUCGUGGUCGGUUGAAGACUCCGCGCCGCUGCCUUGUGGCUCGUGCCACGUGUCGGCCGUCUGCUGUGGAGGCGCGGCUCGGCACCCCUCGAGUGCUGCUGGCGCUCGCUCCAGUCCCGUGCGUGCACGGCACUUAAAGCCGAGGCGCAGUGCGCUGACCUGCGUGUGCGACUCGGGCGGGCGGCUGCCCGUACGAUGCGAGAAGCCUCCUCUCUCCCUGCCGCGCGACUCUAUCGGCAACGUGAGCGUCCUCGCCAUCACGGGCGGCUCCGCGCGGACCCUCGACUGGAACGGCACCCGCCUGCCCAACCUGCGCAUCCUCAACCUCAGUCGCAGCGGCAUCGAAACUCUCGACCGCGCCUCCUUCCCGGCGCCGCCGCUGUCGCUCGAAUCCCUGGACCUGAGCGACAACGGGCUGCGGAACAUCUCCCCGGAGGCCUUCGCGGACCUCGGCGAGCUCCGGACCCUGGAGCUGAGCCGCGCGCUCCACGGCGGCUCCGCCUCCGCCGCCUCGGCGCUCCUCGCCGCCGUCUCCAGGGCGCGCCUCGGCAACCUCGCCGUGCUGCGACUGAGCGGCAACGGGAUACGCGAGCUGGCGCCCGGGACUCUGUCCGCCCUGCGCGCCCUGGAGGUGCUGGACCUGCGCCGAAACGCCCUGCAGCGUCUCGGCAACGCCACGCUGGAGGAGAUGAGCGCCCUGCCGCGGCUCCGCGAGGUGUGGCUGGCGGGCAACGCGUUCGUGUGCGACUGCCGCUUGGCGGAGACGGUGCUGUGGCUCACCGACGGGAACCGGGGCCGGAACAAGGCGAGGGACGCGAACAGCCUCGUGUGCACCGUCUCGCCGGGCUCGCCGUUUGCAGGAGGAGGCGGCGGCGGCGGCGCCUCCCCGGGGCCGACCGCGGUCUUCAACACCACGGCGCAGCUCUCGCUACAGAUUCUGCGGGGCUGCGCGAGGGAGCCCGUCGCCUCCUACGUGCUGCUCGGCAUCGUGGUGGCGCUCAUCGGAGUCAUCUUCCUGUUCGUGCUCUACCUCAACCGCAGGGGCAUCAAGAAGUGGCUGACGCACAUCCGAGACGCGUGCCGCGACCAGAUAGAGGAGUACAAUUAUAGAUACGAGCUGGACGCGAACCCGCGCAUAGCCAACGUGGUUCCGCCUCUCGAGCUUUGACACCAACGCCUCUCGACUCGUUUUCACUCGAGCGUGCAAUCGCGCCGUUCAUCACGUGGCGGUGGUUUUUGUGUAACGACCAAGUGGCAAGGUGAGGCCCCCCACUGAGACGGGUGUCUCGCCAAAGCCUUCGCGGUGCACGCGCGAUAAGCAACAUGCACGGCAAAUCAAGGACGUGAGUGCAGAGAAGCGUCCACGCGGGUUUUAUUUAUUCAAAUGCUAAAUAAUAAUAAUAACAGGGACGUUUACUUUACAGAGCGGCGUUGCGGCAAAUUUGCAUCUCAAAGUAACCGAGCAAAGAGUAAAAUGCAGCACAGCCGGGAGAAAACCCGUCGUAGUCGCGCGUUGAAUGUCCCAACAAGCGAAUCGCACUGCGCCGAGUGCAACGCGUUGUCACGUAUCCCAACGUUGUCGCGGCUGGGUAACGGCUGCACUUUAUCGACCGAGUCAUUCGUCUGCGGCAACGUGGGCACGCGGCGUUCAAUUUUGGAGACGGUUACCGGAAAAUGUUAAAUCGUCACGACCGGUGAGAGCAAUCGCCCCCCUCCGCCCCCCGCUAGUAGUUUUUGUUUGUCGAGCAAGGGUCUGGAGGGUUAGGGUCUGGAGGAAGGGUCUCGAGGUCUGGAGGGUUAGGGUCUGGAGGGUUAGGGUCUCUGCGUGUACGCGAUCAGCUCUCUUGUGUCGGCAGGUUCGCGUCUGGUGGCUAUCGUCAUCAUCGUCGUGAUGCGACCAUCUGCUCGAUCCACUAAAAGGGCCAAUUUAGAGUUAAUGCGCACGCGCGUUUAGCAACACGUUUAGGAACACGUUUAGGAACAACACGUUUAGGAACAACACGUUUAGGAGCACGUUUAGCAACACGUUUAGCAACACGUUUAGCAACACGUUUAGCAACACGUUUAGCAACACGUUUAGGAACACGUUUAGGAACAACACGUUUAGGAA